AGGGUUAGAGUGUCAGCCUUUUGCCUUGCUCUGUUAGCAAUGCCACCCUGAUAAUGGAUUACAAAUACAAAAAGGGAUAGGGGAAGAAUCCCUGCGUUAUUGGAAGGACACUAGUGAGAAAAGGAAAAACAUACAGGUAAUGGCAAAAGAGGCAAAGACUACCAUGGAAAAAUUGUUCUGGGGUGUCCUGUUGGUAGGAAGCCUUGUGAAAGUCGCCCAUACUUGCCCCUUUCACUGCACCUGUCAGAAUCUCUCAGAAUCCCUAAGUACACUUUGCGCAAACAAAGGACUUUUAUAUGUUCCAAUUAACAUUGACCGCAGGACUGUAGAAUUAAGGCUCGCUGACAAUUUCAUCCGUGUGGUACAGCAAGAAGAUUUCCUUAACAUGACCGGGCUUGUGGACCUAACAUUGUCCAGAAACACCAUUGACAAUAUCAAACCUUAUACUUUUGGAGACCUGGAAAGCCUACGAUCUCUACACUUAGAUGGGAAUCGUCUCAUCGUGAUACAUGACGAAGCCUUAAGAGGGAUGCUUAACCUUCAGCAUCUAACAAUUAAUAACAACCAACUAGUAACAAUUCCAGUAGCAACAUUUGAUGAUUUCCUUCUUUCCUUGGAGGACCUAGAUUUGUCUUAUAACAACUUAGUUAGUGUACCAUGGGAAGCUAUUCAAAAUAUGGUCAGUCUUCACACUCUCAACCUUGACCAUAAUCUGAUAGAAUCUGUAAUGGAAGGGACCUUUUCAGAGCUGUAUAAGCUCUCACGGUUGGAUAUGACAUCCAACAGACUUCAUACUCUACCUCCAGACCCACUCUUCGUGCGUUCUCAGACUGGGGUCAUUAUCCCAACACCUUAUACAUCCACCAUUGUGCUCAACUUUGGAGGCAAUCCAUUCCACUGCAAUUGUGAGCUCCUUUGGUUACGCCGCCUGGUUAGAGAAGAUGAUAUGGAAACUUGUGCUUCUCCUUCUCAGUUGGCUGCCCGCUAUUUUUGGUCUAUACCAGAAGAAGAGUUUACCUGUGAGCCCCCUCUUAUCACCCGUCAUACACAUCAGCUGUGGGUGUUAGAAGGGCAGAGAGCUACUCUAAAGUGCCGAGCUAUUGGAGACCCAGAGCCAGUCAUCCACUGGGUAUCUCCAGACGAUAAGAUUAUGCAAAAUUCCUCCAGAACAGCUUCAUACAGAAAUGGGACUUUAGAUAUAUUGGUUACUACAAUCAGGGAUGAUGGAUCAUACACUUGUAUAGCCAUAAAUGCUGCUGGAGAAUCAACAGCCCAGGUGGAUUUAAAAAUGAUCCCUUUGCCCCAUCGCAACAAUGGGAGUAUCAGUGUUUUCAGGCAGGACCCAGGGUCUUCUGAUAUUACUACAUCAUCUAAAGCAUCUGCAAAUGUCACAGAGGGGAAAAGAUUGCAUGAACAUGCGGUUAUAGUUUCAGAUGUAACUUCUUCAUCUGCCUUGAUUCGUUGGUUCAUGAACAGGUCAGCCUACAUAGUGUGGAUGUAUCAGGUCCAGUAUAAUUGCACAGAUGAUGAAACCCUUGUGUACAGGAUCCUGCCAUCUACAACCAAGCACUUUGCCUUAAAGCACUUGGUAUCGGGAGUGGAUUAUGACCUCUGCAUACUGGCCAUUUCGGAUGAUGUUGCCACGUCCUUAGCAGCGACUAGGUCACUGGGUUGUGUUCAGUUCAGUACUGGAGAGACAUACCCAGACUGCCGGUCUUUGCAUGCUCAUUUCCUCGGGGGUACCUUAACCAUCAUCAUAGGAGGAAUCAUUGUAGUCACAUUGUUGGUCUUUACAGCGGGCAUGAUGGUCAGAUAUAAGGUUUGCAGUAGCACCCAUACAGACAUUCCCAAGGUUACUAAUGUUUACUCACAGACCAAUGGAAGUCAGCUUGCCCACAAUAGAUUGCCUCUUCAAUAUAGGAUGAACAAUGACUCCGCUAAACCUAGCUGCUCAAAUAUAACUUAUAGAGCAGAUACAGGAAGGAUUGUGCAUGGUGUCAAGCCACAAAGAAGAAAGACCAGACACAGAGAAGUGAAAGAGAGAGAGGAGAACAAAAGCGCUGUGGAAUCAGACGUGGCUAGGACAGUACAUGGUUCAAGUCCAGAAGAUUACAUUGUUUUUGGUGUUCCAAAAGCCAAGCGCAGCUGCUCUGUGGAUAUGGGGGAAAUGGCAACUACUACUUGUUAUAGUUAUGCAAAGCAACUAAGUAUUGUAUGGACAAAACGAAGUCAGUCUGUGCAUGGCAUGCUCUCAAACUGUGGGACUGAGUUAUCCAGGGGAAAAGUGUUAUUUUCUAGCUCAGAUGAGCUUGAAGAAAGUGUGGUGUAGACUGCUUCAGUGUUAGA